GGAUUAGAGGCACAAAGUAACCCCGCGGGGUUCUAUGAGAUACACCUCGUCCUCAUCACACAGGCACUAUAAUUAGCUGUGUGGGUGUAUUCUUGUGUGAAGGUGGAGAUCAUGGUGUUUAUUCAAAGCAUUUUACUUUGUAAAAUAGAAUGAGUUCAAGCCCAAGAACAUCAAGAAGAAGAAGAAGAAGGUGAGUGUUAUCAUGUCUGUGGACGGAAACAGAAGGUAAGGGGGGCGGGGGUCUCAACGAUAGGAGAUGGAUUGGGGCGUGUGGCUAUGUGGGGUUUAUUUUGGAUAAUCUCUGAAGAGGGGUUUGUAUGAACGCUGUCUGUUGGUGAUAAGUGUGUGUCGGGAUGGGAUGGGGAUGUUUUGGUGUCUACAGGGAUGUCAACAACAGCAACAGCACUUGACUGUAUCGUGCUGCCAGGGAGCUAGCAUGUUGCACUUCUUUAGGCUGUGUUACGUAGGACUGACACACACACAGUGAUACGGCUGCUUCUUGCCAACAGGAAACUGUGAUAUGAUAAUGACAUGUAUUGAGGUCAGCUGGCCCCGUUCCUUACAAGAAGGAGCAGGAUGAUUCCCACAGCAGCAACAUUAUCCAGGUCACCAACCAAAAUCUGGGAGGGGCCUAAAAUACUGUAAUUCAACCAAAUGACUAUCAACUCACUGUAACUUAUUGUAGGUCUAUUUAUAGAGGAACUUAUUCAGUUGUUUAGUGUUAACAUAUUUUUUUAUAAGACAUUGGCCUAUAACACAGAGUUGGAAGCAGACGUUCAGCAAUGACUCUACUAUAGACUUCUAGUGUAACAAAGAUGGUUCUGUACAUAUUUAAAAACUUAGAUGUAUUGAGUUUCAGUGGGUUUUUAGAAUGGCUUUACUUUUCCACAGUGCAAAUGUCAGUGUUCCAUUUAGGCCUUGUGGUUUCCUGGGUCCUGAUUCUGGCAUUGGACAGAAUAAUCCUCAUAGUAUCCUCAUCCUCAUAUUCAAUCUCAAUUCCACAUGAUAUGGAAUUAAAUGCAACUGUGGUUUGAUUAUGUCACAAUCAAUAGAAGAGUCUUUGGUUACUAUGGCGUUGUUAACCUAGAUGAACUGUUAGUCAUGCGGUCGUGAUUAUGACUCAAUAUGUCAGAACACUGAGAAACACCACUGCUGUUCUGUCCAUAGAAAUAGAAUUAUGUUCUAGUUCUCUGGUUCCGUCAUUCAAGCACAAGACAGAAAGUUGCCUGAAGGCUGUGGAUCAUUGUAUUGUUGACCCAGACGGAGUGUACUUCACAAGGAUUGUCUUUUUCUGAGAAAGCUAACCAUGGAUAACUCUCCUGAAGUGAACCAGGAGCAGGGAGACAUACCAAUGAUCCCAUUGGUCCAUGAGCCCAUGUCAGGCUCCUUGAUGACAACAUGCCUAUGGCACCUGAAGCGGAGCGGAUCCAACUGAAGAACGUCACCCCUGCACAGUGGGACAGAAUCCUCCCGAUAGGAAUCAUCCAGAGGGAGGAUCCCAACCAGAACCAAUCAUUCCAACAAGGCGUCAUCCCAAUCAAAAACAAUGGAAUGGAACAGAUGGAAUAUCAUGGACCACCUCCACCUCCCAUCAUCCCCAUGGUGGGAUCCUGGGACGCUGGAGUGAAUGCUCCACGUUGUGGAGAUUUCUAUGCCAGGAGAAAAGAUAUCCGGAGUAGAUAUGUGGCGGAUCCUGCUUUAAUGACCAUCACCAAGCCAGAACACUUCGAGGCCAACCCUCAGAGACAGGCUGGCAGUUGGCCGGUGGCUAAACCUCAGCGCCCAGCACCCCCAGUACAGAAAACACGAAACAGUGGAGGCUGGCUCAGGUGGUUCUUCGGUGAAAAGGAAGAAGUUCCUCAGAUGACAAGGAUACCAGAUGACAAGCCUAAUUCUAUUGUCUGGGAUCAAAACCUGCACAGAUGGGUUGAUGCAAGUCCCAUGCCCAAGACUGAGAACAAGCCUGUUCCACCUCCUCCCCCGAUGGGGAUGUAUCUGGGGAACUCUAGUCUCCCCAAAGGAGUGAAUCCUUACUCCAUGAAAGCAGCAGAUCAAGGAAGCCUAGGGGACAGGUAUCCCAAGCUAUUGUACCAUGGUGGGAUCACCACAACGCCUCCAUACCAGGGUCCUGGAUCGCUCCCUGCCCAGCAUGCAACACUCAUGGCACCGAUGACUGUGCCAUUCGAUGUUGACAGGCAGAAACUUGGCCCAGGCACUCUACCCUUUUGAGAAUCGACACUGAGCAAUCCUUCUGCAACGAUUUAUUUAAUUAGCUUUAAUAUACAGCAACACUUGGCUGAAGUUGCAGUGAUUUUUAAGCUAUUUAUUUUUGUCUCACAGGUCGUUUUCCAGGAGGGAUCAUUUGAUAUUUCAGCAUUUUAAAAGACAAAAUCAAAUAAGAUUUCGGGCUUUGAAAAGUUAUUAAAAGUCUGUAUGUUCACGUAGCUUUGAUAUGUUUUCUGGCAUCCUUUACAAGCCCAUUGCUUGUGCACAUUUCUCUAUGUUACAUACUUUACAGAUGGGUAUAUUAUUUAUACAUAUGUUUUUCAAAAUAUAUUUAAAAAAUAAUUAAUCUAUUUCAUAAACAUAAUAUCAAAUGUAAAUAAAGUGCAUUUUAAAUUGUACACCAUAUAUUUCAAUAUAUGACAUUACUGCAGGAUUAGCGUUGUGAGUGGGCCUUAGGGAGCCAUGCUUGCCCUACCGCACCUCCUAGCCCGUCCAAAUAAAAUACAUGGUUGAAUGAAACUUUGCAAGACUUAGAUUUUUUUGUUGUUGUUACUAUAACACUAAUGUAUGAUAUUUGUCAAUUUUGAAAGUUUUAAUUACCGCAAAACAUUUUUUCUUGUUAAAAUAAAUAUGUCUCAAGAAAUUAUGACUGACAGGGAUUUAGACCUAUCAUAAAUGCAGCAUGAAGCUCAUUUCUCUUUUUGAUGAGUCAAAUUAAUAGUGGGCGGAGUGUUAUGUAAACAGCCUUGUGAUUGUUCGGAAUGUCAUGUUCAAGAGUAGGCUACCUUAACUUGUUUUCUUCAUCGUGGUCGAAAUGAAUAUUAAAAAUUGGUUUGCUAAAAAGAAUGCCUCAUCUGCUGCAACAAGUAGUCUUAAAACAUCUGGCCACAACACAGCAAGGAUAUGAAAUAAUUGACUCUUUAUUGAUAUGACAUGGACAUUCUCAACGGAUUCCUUCGUAUAGAGUGCAUUUGGAAAGUAUUCAGACCCAUUGACUUUUUCCACAUUUUUUUUAUUCUAAAAUGGAUUACAAUGUUUUUUCCCCUCCUCAAUCUACACACAAUACCCCGUAAUGACAAAGCAAAAACAGGUUUUUCGAAAUGUUUGAAAAUGUAUUUAAUUUUUUUUUUUUAAACUGAGAUCACAUUUACAUAAUUAUUCAGACCCUUUGUAUUUUGUUGAAGCAACUUUGUCAGAAAGUCCGGUCUCUGGCCACUGUUCUUGGGGACCUUCAAUGCGCCAGAAAUGUUUUGGUACCCUCCCCCAGAUCUGUGCCUCGACACAAUCCUAUCUCUGAGCUCUACGGACAAUUCCUUCACCCUCAUGGCUUGGUUUUUGCUCUGACAAACUGUCAACUGUGGGACCUUAUAUCGACCGGUGUGUGCCUUUCCAAAUCAUGUCCAAUCAAUUUAAUUUACUGCAGGUGGACUCCAAUCAAGUUGUAGAAACAUCUCAAGGUCGAAUAAGAUAUUUCAGUUUUUAUUUUGAUAAAUUUUGAUACAUUUUUUGCAAUAAAUUCAAAAAACCUGUUUUCGCUUUGUCAUUAUGGGGUAUUGUGUAUAGAUUGAUGGGGGAAACAAAUGUAUUUAAUACAUUUUAGAAUAAGACUGUGACAUAAACAAAAUGUGGAAAAAGUCAAAGGGUCUGAAUACUUUCCAGGAUGCUCUGUAUGUUAAAAUAAGAUGAUCUUUGUAUUUAAAGCAGUUGUUUUUCGUGUUGUUGUUAUUGUAACUUUUUGUGUCAUUAUUAUUGUAGUUUGGAAGCAAUGAAUUUGAUCGUAUAUGAUUAUUUGAUAAGAAUUUGUUAAUAAACUAUCAUUUUACCCAA